AUGAGUGUCGUGGGUGUCGAUUUCGGAACCCUUAAGACCGUCAUUGCCGUCGCCAGAAACCGCGGCGUCGACGUGAUCACCAAUGAAGUUUCUAACCGAGCUACCCCGUACGUUCCCCCAGCCUCCCUGUCAUCCCGCUCCCUCGGCCCUCAAGCUGACAAGGUCGACAACAGGUCUCUGGUAGGCUUCGGCCCCAAGUCGCGCUACAUCGGCGAGGCCGCCAAGACGCAGGAGAUUUCCAACCUCAAGAACACCAUCAGCUGCCUCAAGCGCCUUGCUGGCCGCUCCUUCAACGACCCGGACGUCGCCAUCGAGCAGCAAUAUGUCACCGCCCCCCUCGUCGACGUCAAUGGCCAGGUCGGCGCCGAGAUCUCGUAUCUCGGCAACAAGGAGAAGUUCACGGCGACCCAGCUCGUUGCCAUGUACCUGAGCAAGAUCAAGCAGACUGCCGCUGCCGAGCUCAAGCUCCCCGUCUCCGACCUCUGCAUGAGCGUCCCCCCUUGGUUCUCCGACGUUCAGCGCCGCGCGCUCCUCGACGCCUCUGAGAUCGCCGGCCUCAAGCUCCUGCGCCUCAUGAACGACAACACCGCCGCCGCUCUCGGCUGGGGCAUCACCAAGCUUGACCUUCCCGGCCCCGAGGAGCGCCCCCGCCGCGUCGCCUUCGUCGACAUUGGCCACAGCAACUACACCUGCUCCAUUGUCGAGUUCAAGAAGGGCGAGCUUGCCGUCAAGGCCACCGCCUGGGACCGCAACUUCGGUGGCCGCGACUUCGACAAGGCUCUUGUCGACCACCUGGCCAAGGAGUUCAAGGGCAAGUACAAGGUCGAUAUCUACACCCACGGACGUGCCAUGGCCCGCACCAUCGCCGCCGCCGAGAAGACCAAGAAGAUCCUGUCCGCCAAUCAGCAGGCGCCCGUCAACAUUGAGUCCCUCAUGAACGAUGUCGACGCUUCUGCCAUGGUCACUCGCCAGGAGUUCGAGGCUAUGAUCGAGCCUCUGCUGAACCGAACCCACCACCCUCUCGAGCAGGCCCUUGCCCAGGCUAAGCUCACCAAGGACGACAUCGACGUCAUCGAGAUUGUCGGUGGCGGCUCCCGCGUUCCUGCUCUGAAGGAGCGCAUCCAGGAGUUCUUCGGAAAGCCCCUUUCCUUCACUAUGAACGCCGACGAGGCCGUCGCUCGUGGCUGCGCCUUCAGCUGCGCCAUUCUCUCCCCCGUCUUCCGAGUCCGUGACUUCGCUGUCCAGGACAUCAUCAGCUACCCCAUCGAGUUCGCUUGGGAGAAGGCUCCCGAUAUCCCUGACGAGGACACGAGCCUCACCGUCUUCAACAAGGGCAACGUCCUGCCGUCCACCAAGAUCCUCACCUUCUACCGCAAGCAGCCUUUCGACCUCGAGGCCCGAUAUGCCAAGCCCGAGGAGCUUCCCGGAAAGCAGAACCCCUGGAUUGGCCGUUUCUCCGUCAAGGGCGUCAAGGCCGAGGGCAAGGAUGAGUUCAUGAUCUGCAAGCUCAAGGCUCGCGUCAACAUCCAUGGCGUCCUCAAUGUCGAGACCGGCUACUACGUCGAGGAUCAGGAAGUUGAGGAGGAGGUCAGGGACGACGACAAGAAGGAAGAGGGCGACAAGAAGGACCCCGACGCCAUGGACACGGACAACAAGGACGACGCCCCCAAGAAGACCCGCAAGGUUAAGAAGCAGGUUCGCAAGGGCGACCUCCCUAUUUCCAGCGGCACCGCUUCCCUGGAUGCCAGCGCCAAGACGGCAUUGACGGAGAAGGAGGCUGCCAUGGUCAUGGAAGACAAGCUGGUCGCCGACACCGAGGAGAAGAAGAACGAGCUGGAAGCCUACAUCUACGACCUCCGGGCGAAGCUGGACGACCAGUACGCCGAGUUCACCAGCGAGGACGAGAAGUCGGCCAUGAAGCAGAAGCUGGAAACCGCCGAGGACUGGUUGUAUGACGAGGGCGACGAUGCCUCCAAGGGCGUCUACGUUGCGAAGCUGGAGGAGCUGCGUGCCAUGGCUGGCCCUGUUGUCCAGCGUCACUUCGAGAAGGUCGAGGCCGAGCGCCGUGCCGUCCAGGAGCGCGUCGAGGCCGAGAAAGCUGCCAAAAGAGCCGCUGAGGAAGAGGCUCGCAAGGCUGCUGAGGCCGAGAAGGCAGCCCAGGGAGGUGACCAGGAGAUGAAGGACGCCGCCGACGGAGCCCAAGCGGAGACCGACGAGGCUGGCAACCCGAAUUAG